UAACCUUAAAGUUUGAGCUCGUAAGCUCCAAAACAAUUUCAGAAUUAAAUUUGCUGAUAUUAUAUUGAUAAUAGAUUAUUGUUUACAGUGAUGUUGUUUACUAAAAUGUCAAUACUAAGAUCGUUGUUUAAAACUGGCAGGCAUUCUCUUUUACUCCGACAAUGUUAUUCUUCAGAUAAUACAUUGAAGUUAUCUGAACCUGCCGUGCAAAAGUAUCUUAGCCAUUUGUUGUUAGAACACGAAGAACUUUUAAUUAAAUCACGUCGUAACGAUACAGAAGUCAAACGGCUGCGUGAAAUAAAGCCUGUCGUUCAAGUUCUUGAGGAAAGGAUCGCUUUGUUUGACAGUAUCGAAAACCUCAAAGAACUCAAUAAAAAGGAGAACCAAGAUGAUGAAAUGAAGAAAAUGGUUAAGGAGGAGGCUCAGAUUUAUCUCGGACGUCUCAAGGAAGUAGACAAUGACCUCCAGUCAGUUUUAUUUCAACCAUAUAUAACAGAGGGUGGCAUUUUGCUAGAAGUCACAGCCGGCGCAGGUGGUCAAGAGGCCAUGCUAUUUGCCCGAGAGCUUUUCGAAUUAUAUGAAUCAUAUGCACAUUUUAAGGAUUGGGAAGUAAAUAUAGCUUCUAUUGAAAAGUCUGACAUUGGUGGUAUUAGAAAAGGUUCCAUGCUGAUUAAAGGAAUUGGUGUGCCAGAGUUCAUGAAGCUUGAAGCCGGAGUGCACAGAGUUCAAAGAAUACCUGCUACAGAAAAGGGAGGCCGAAUACACACUAGCACAGUGUCGGUAGCAGUUUUGCCGCAACCUAGUGAGAUCGAACUAGAUAUACCCGAUAGGGAUAUUUCAAUUGAGACUAAGCGUGCAAGUGGUGCAGGAGGGCAGCAUGUGAACACUACGGACAGUGCUGUUCGCAUCAUACACCUGCCGACCGGCACUGCUGUGGACUGUCAGGAGGGACGGUCACAGAUAAAAAAUAAAGAAAUUGCCAUGCAGAAACUGAGGACACUCUUGCUACAGAAGCAGCAAGAAGAACUGACAUCCAAAGUCAAUGCAGAGAGAAAAUCCCAGGUUGGGUCAAGCAAUAGAAAUGAAAAAAUCAGAACCUACAACUAUCCUCAAGAUAGAGUGACCGAGCACCGGCCGGGCGGCGGCACGGUGCACAAUCUCAAGGCCUUCAUGGAGGGAGGUGACUUGCUAGAGGAGCUUCAGGAAUCUCUACUGAGAGAGGCACGGUACCAGACUGUUGUGAGCGAAAUAGAGGAGUUCAAUAAGAAAUAUGGGCAGGAGAAAGCCUCUACCAGUUAGACUGUAAGUCAUUUAAUUUAAUUUAAUGUAAACACUAGAUUCUGUAGAUAAUAAAAGUAGUUGAUUAAAAAUGCUGCUAAACCAAAACAACAAAUAUUUAUUUUGUACCAAAUGAACAAUCACAUUUCAUUUAAAGGUAAUAUUAUAAAUAAUCACAUUUUUAUGUAAUGACAGAGAUUCAAAAUAUGUAUUUUACUAAAUACUAAAAUAUAUUCUUACAAAUAGAAAUAUGACUGCAAGUAUUUAAUACAUUGAAUAACAUAAAUAAUAAUGUUUCUGAUAAUAUCUCUUCAAAGUAUUAAUAAUUAUUUCACACCAUAGUAAUUAUAAUUAGGUAUUUAUUGUGCAGUAUUCAUAUAUGUGCAGUUUCAGAUGUGAUGCAACCUAUAUGUUUGAUAUGGAAUGUGAAAUAAUCAUUCACACGAAAAUUUAUAUUAUAAAAUAUUUACCAAAUCAAAUUCACUACCUAUCCAAGCUGGCUUUUGGAACUUUAGUAUAACGAAAACUGAACAGACAAUCUUCGCAAGAAAAUACAAUCUUAGUGUCAAGCAAUAUUACAAAUUUACUAGUACCCUUACCACCAGUCACUGACAGUGUCAACAUUGACAUAUACGCUAACGUCUACGUAACUUACUUUCUUUGUAUCUCGCUCGUACUAAUUUAUUAGUGCGAGCGAGAUGUAUAGAAAGUAAAUUACGUAGACAUUAGUGUAUAUAUUAAAUUAUUUUAAAGCAGGUCACUCACGUAUUAUUAAGUGAAUAGCACGUAUUAUUAAUAUGUUUGAGUCUCACGGGAGUUUUAUUAGUGUAUAUAUCAGUGUUUACACUGUCACUGACUCGUGGUACGGGUACAGGACGGAAACGCCAACCAAUCUCUCAGAACUUGUAAACUUAAAGUACUUACAAUAAUAUUUAUAAAUUUAAUUACUGAAGACUAGAAUAAACUUAACAUACAACAUAAAAUGUUCGCAUGUAUUAUGUAUAUUUAACAUAGCUAGAACAAAUAUGGGUUUGUUCCAAUUUGUUGAAAAGCUAACUAUCUUAUAUUUACAUUCAUUAAAUUUCAUUAUUUACCACCCCCAAACCCUAAUCUGUUAUUCACAAAUUUCACAAUCAUGUUGCCACUGAUGAUUAAUACUAGAAUUAAAAACAAUCUGUUAACUCUAGCCUUACCACGAGUUUGACACUGACCUGACUGACAUAUACGCUAGUGUGUAACUUUCUAUGCAUCUCGCUCGUACUGGCAUAUUAGUGCGAGCGAGAUGUAUAUAAAGCAAGUUGCGCAACGUUAGCGAAUAUGUAAGUGUCAAACUCGUGUUAAGGCUAUUGGUGACACUGACAAUUAAAUAUACUCUUUUAGUAGCCAUGUUCCGUGUGGCACAUUGGGAGCAUGAAAGUAGCUAGUUUCUUUAUAAGACAUCGAAUUAACACUAAGAAUAAACACAUUAUUACUAAGUAUAUCUGAUAUGUGGGAAUGACAUGUAACAGUGGCUAUACUACUAGUUCUAAAAAUAACGUUUAUCCACCUUUAAUUAC